CAGCAAGAGCCGCCGGCCAUGCAGGGCCAGGGAGCUCAGCCCCCCGCUCUCAUCUCUACUAUCAAAGCUUCCGAUGACUGAGGGGAGACAGACUUGAUGCGCUUAUGACUGGUUUUGCACGGGCGGUUCACGGCAAACCACUUCUUGACGGCUCCUGUCAUUCGUCAUGCCCCGAUCGCCGGCCAUGCCCCUGUGAUCUUGCGAGCAGUUGGCGGGUGUCGCACGCUGCCGAGCCGUUCCGUGUCCCUCCGUAUCAACGCCGAAAAAGGCGAAAGUCGCGGUAUCAUUCUGCGUCGUGCUUCGCGUUUUGUUCUCUUGAGAAACCCCCGAAUCGGUAGUUUUCCCAGCCUCGCAACUUUCCCGUCCCUGUACGGACGAAUUUACUCACAUGUCAGUUCCUUCGGGGGAAACGAUAACAGUGAAAAAAAGGUAUUAAAACUAUCGGUACCUUUUGUGUCCAUGAACUACACCAGCAGUCAAGUGAAAAAAUCAGUGCGUCUCUAUUAGGUGCAUCGCGUCCAUCAAGUUCGAGAGGGAGAGAUUCAGAGCGAUUCCGCAAACCUCUAGGUGUUCAAUUUUGCAUUUGAAUUUUAUUAAUCAAGCAAAAUUGUCUUUGAGAAUUGAAAAUGUUCCGUUUUUUUCUUUUCUUUCUUUUUUAAAGUAGGUAAAUUGAGGCCCUUGGCUUUUACGAAUUAAUUUUUCAACCGUGUGCAAAGCUGUACUUUCAAAAAAAUCAAAGGAUUUUACUCGAUCUUCAAAUGAUCCUCAAGUUAACCACGCAAUUUUUUCAAAUAGGGGAACGAGGCGUGCACUCCAUCUUGCGAAAGUUGGAUUUUUUCUGUUUUUAGUGGACGAAGCCAAAAUUUCAAAAAAUUUGAAGGUUUUUUCCCUUUUUUGAAUCUUCAAACUUUUCUAGGAUAAAUAUACCAUAGGAAAUAAUAAUGCAAAAAAAGUGACAUUUCAUCUCCAAGUCUUCAUUCCGUAAUUUUGGGACUUUUUCAACAGCAAACGUUCAAAAAAACUAAAACAAGUUUUAAAAAAUCUACUACCCGGUGGGACAGUAUUCGCCUACCGACCCGGCUCAAAAAAUUUCCAAGAAACAUCGGCCCUCAUAAAGCAACGCCGUUUUCUUUUUUUUUUAUUGAUGGACAAAUCUAAAAUAUCACCCGCAUUACAGAAACUCCAAGGGAUUUGUUUCUCUUCUAAAUCUUUAAACUUUGCUGGGAUAAACGUAGGAAUACUAGCGUGAAAACAAAAGUCCUCGAUAAGAGCCAUGAUCAUUUUAUUGAAGCCUUUAAUCAGUCUCGAGAAUUUUUAAACACCAAGAUUCGAGCUUGAAAUUUUGCCGCCUCAGGAGGUGGAACAUCGUUCAGCCGGUAAUCGGGCAAAAAAAUCCCCCCCCCCCGAAAAUGCUACGUCUACUUCUAUGCACUCUCUUAACCCUGGCGGCACAAGCUGAGAACGGGAGCCGAGGGUUGUUGCUCAAAGACUGCAACGUGGCGCCUAACUCAACGGCGACCAUCUCCGCGGAGGCGGUGCGCGCCUGCAAGGUAGCUGCCCCCGGGUCGGGGGAGUUCCUGCGCGCCUUCGAAGAGUUCUUCACGGAGCAGAAUCGUCGCCGCCGUAGGGCGCUCGGCGGGGCCAGGGUGAAGCGGAUCGUCGGGGGUCGCCCUGCGGACCCACCCCUUAUCUUCCCGGAGUCGGGCGACGACAGGGACCCGUCGCCCGACCCCAUCGUCUUCAUCGACCACCCGGAGACCAAGGCCAACGCCAAGAUCGUCGGCUCCAACGGCGGCGACUACGUUGUCUUCCGCGGCAUCCGCUUCGUCGAGCCCCCCGUCAAGGAGUAUCGGUUCCAGAGACCCAAAAGAAGAAUUCCAAGAGGCGAUAUAAAAGCAACAUCUUUUGGUUCACCAUGCCCACAAUAUGAUACUAGUAAUCGACAAGUCAUCGGCAAUGAAGAUUGCCUCUUUCUGAACAUUUACACCCCCAAAAAGAGCUCCAAAACUGCAGAAGAGUCAUACCCUGUACUUUUCUGGAUUCAUGGAGGUGGAUUUGUCAGUGGAUCAAGUGCCCAAUUCGAACCAAAAAGCCUAGUCAAAAAUAAUAUAAUUGUUGUUACGACUCAGUAUCGACUUGGAUCCCUGGGUUUUCUUGGCGAUGCCACUACGGAUUUGCCGGGUAAUACCGGUCUGUUCGAUAUAAAUGCUGCUUUCUCCUGGACCAAAAAUUACAUCCAAUACUUUGGUGGUGAUCCCAACAGAAUUGUCGCUGGUGGACAUGGGACUGGAGCUGCCAUUGCAAAUUUCAUGGGAAUAUCCCACUUUACCAAAGACAUAAUCAGCGGAGUUUUUGCAAUGAGUGGUACAUCUGUUUCAUCAUUUGCCAUUGAUGAGAAGCCUCAGGCAUUCUCCAACAACAUCACUCGCCUCUCUGGUUGUGAUAAAGAAAAAAGCAAGGUGGCCCAGGUCAAAUGCAUGCAAAAGCUCCCAUUACCAGAGAUAGUCUCAAACGACUACAGUAAUCUUUUCAUUCGUUUGCAAAGUGAUGAUUUUGUGACAAUAUUGGGCAAGUCUCUAAACCCUAGUGCAGUAGUUGAGGGUGAAGAUGAUCAAUGGUUUUUACCAUAUUUCCUCAACAAGCCGCCAGUGGAUUCUCUCAAAGAAGGAAAUUACUCUCAAGUCCCUAUGCUUACAGGUGUUACGAUGCAUGAAACAUCCACUGCUGUCAAAGGUAGCCUCAAGAACCAAAUUACAAAAGUUUUAAAAGAUGUACCGGAGUUUUUGGAUCGUAAUUUACCAGUAUCUCUGAUAUCAGCCAACACAGGCUUAAAUCCAACGGGACGAGUGAAUGAAUUAAUAAAUGCCUUGUUCAGCAAACUUGAUUAUUUGAAGCUUUUGACCUUCAAUGCCCCAAAACUUCCUGAGCUCGACAAGGUUGUUCAAAUGACCACUGAUGCUCUGUACAACCUACCUGUUUUCAUGACUUCUAACCUGCGAGGAUCAAAUGCACCUACUUAUCUCUACAGUUUUGAGCAACCCUCUCGAGCAGCAAAGAAAUUGGUUAAGGAGCUCUUCAGAGGCUCACCUAUCUACAAAACAGACACAGGCAGCCAACCUUCAGAAAAUGAAGUCGCUCACGGAGAAGACUUGGUGAACCUCUUUGAUGUCCGUUCUCUUGAAGGCCAAGAAGUUGAUUCCGUCAAACUGUCUAAUGAGGAUUUGAGGACAAGAGAAAUAUUUUCCUCCAUUGUCGCUGAAUUUGUUCGCUCUGGAAACCCUGCAGUGAAAAACUUGGCAGUCAACUGGACGCCCUUUUCCAAAGACAAGUCCGAAUAUGUGGUAAUCAAAUCCACGCCAGAGGUGAAAACUGGUUUUCGAUACUGUGAGAUGGGUCUUUGGACAGGACUCUUGGAUCGUCUUAAAUCUCCGCAGUGUAACUUCCCAAACAUAAACGGCAUCUUAGCCACGAUACCUGUAGACCUGUGGAAUAAUUCUCUCAGCAACGCACUCUCUGGUCUGAACCCAUGUGGUACGGUCUCAGUGGGAAAUGUAUUAAAUGCCACCUCAGCGAUUGGUGGACUUUUGAAGCCUACUUCAGGGCUAGGUGGAAUUUUGCCCACUAAACCAAGUCCCUCAAAUCCUGUCUUGGGCCUGUUUGGGGCUAGCAAUACAAAGUCUGAUAAAGAAGGCUCAAAUCUUGGUAGCAACACCAAUCCGAGCCAAGGCUCUAACAUCAAUGUAAAUGCAGCAAGCAAUACGAACACUGAGCAGGGCUCAGACUCUGGAGGACCAAGCAAUGCAAAUCCCAGCAGGCCCGGUUCUGAUGUCACGAAAAUUUCACCAAAGCCGAAUCCAACUCCUCCAAAACCUAGCGGUGGACUUCUAGGAGGAAUUUUUGGACUAGGAGGAAAAAAAGAGUCCACUCCUCAAAGACUUACCAGCCCUGAGAAACCAUCAGCUGAGAAACCAUCAUCAAGUUGGCUAACUAGGUGGAUACCUAAUAUUUUUGGAUGAGUUUUCCAAUUAUGUUCCUGUGAUUUGAGUUGUAAAUUUCAGCCAUCAUUAUACAAGAUUUAAAUUUUA